AUGUUCUUCGAAGAUCGUCGCAUGUUUCUUCUGAUCAUUCCAAUAUGUAUUGCUAUUGUCUUAUAUCCGGUCCCAUUCGAUGGCAAACAAAUUCUAUCGCUUGAUGCUCCUUUGAAAUCUACAUUUGAUGUUCUCGUGAAUCAUAUAUGGAAAUUCCAUCCUUUUGUAGUUCAUGUAAAUGAAUUAAAAAAGAUCAAUUCAACUUGUUCAUAUUACGAAAUCAUAGAUCAAAUACCAUUUAUUCCACCAUUGAAAAUAAAUAUUCCAACUACAUACUAUGUUCAAAUGAAUAUUGAUCGAGACAAUAAUUGUAUCACAAGUAUUGUGCAUACGCAAUUGAAUAUCAUGCACGCAUAUCAUCAAUAUUGUAUGCAUACAAAUACAUUGAAACAAACAACAACCAUAGUAACAGAUCAAUUUUAUGGUAAAUCAUGGAUGAUUUUCAAAUAUUAUAUACGAAAUAAUAUGUUCAUAUCACACAAAUACACUCUUGAUAAAUUACGAAAAGAAAUGAUGAUUUAUUCCAACGAAUAG